CUGAGAUGAUAUUAAUUUGAGGAGGUGAUAGCCUCAAAAGAGGAAGCCCAUGUGUGAGGGACCCACCUGCCCAUCCCUGUUUUUCCUUCUGUGAUGGCCGGAACAAUCACCAUGGUGGGAGGCUACUUCCCCUCUCCAGGAGAGCCCGGAUGUGAGCAUAACCGGCACUCUCGGCUGGCAUCUAGCCUGCAGUUCCGUCAUUUCUAAUUCUUAAUAUUGUCCCCUAAACGUGUGAAGACAAGCACAGGUUUCAAUGGCUAAUGAGAUUUUAGGUAAUAGAAGCUUUAAACAUUAGCACCAUGGCCCUCUGGAUUGUUUGAACCUGCAACUCAACAGCUGCUCUUUGGCCUUCAGCUGACCUCAGAAACUAGAAAUACUUAUUUCAGGCUUUGUCCCAUUGGCCGAUGUGGGCAGGAGUGGAAAGCACCUGCCAGGUGUUGCCAUAAGAUUGUCUCGGCCAAGAGGAAACUUCUACAAGCAUUGUGGCUUAAGAGCAGCGCCUCCCAACCCUACCUUCAACCACAGCAUGUGCUGAGCGCCCCCUGUGUGCGAAGCUCGGUAACGGGCAAAUUAAGGCAGCGUUAUUAUUUUCAGGGCGCUUACCCCUUCUAUUGUCUUCAUAACUCCCCUCCUGCAAACACCUCUUGUUGCCGUUUUACAAAAAAUGAGAAAAACCGACUGAAAGGUUUGGGCCGUAGGAGGGGACACGUCCGUAGGUAACUAGCCCUGUGACCUUGAGCAAGUCGCUUGCCCAGCGGGAGCUGAUGCUGAGGUUUCUUUCCGUUCGAAUACUCAGCCCAAUUCAAGGUCACGAGUGCUCAGCGGCCGCUAGAACUGGGUCCCGAAACAUCAGCGCGUGAUUCCCUACAGCCCUGGUUCCGAGAGGAGUAAGUGAGAGGUUCGAAGCGCGCGCCCCGCCUACCCGGCAGAGACCGGGACCCGGCCGGCGAGACGUAGGCGCCCGAGUUCCCGGCCGAGCUGAAACACGGUGUCCGGGAAGGGCUGCUCCGCCCCUCGCGAAGGCUUCCCUCCGCCAAUCAGCACUUGAGGCCAGCCCGGCUCAUCGCCGGAAGGAGCUGUUGCCCCGAGCAACUGCAACUUCCGGCUUUCGGAGUUUUGUGGCGGUAAAGGACAUGAGUAAAGGCCGGGCGGAAGCCGUGGCGGGAGCCUCCGGGAUCCUGCUGAGGUACCUACAGGAGCAGAACCGGCCCUACAGCGCCCAGGACGUGUUCGGGAACCUGCAGCGGGAACACGGACUGGGCAAGGCGGCGGUGGUGAAGGCGCUGGACCAGCUGGCCCAACAAGGCAAGAUCAAAGAGAAGAUGUACGGCAAGCAGAAAAUAUACUUUGCUGACCAGGAACAAUUUGACACGGCCAGUGAUGCUGACCUCCAAGUCCUGGAUGCCAAGAUCGUGGCCCUCACUGCUAAGGUGCAGAGCUUGCAGCAGGGCUGCCGCCACAUGGAGGCUGAGCUGAAGGAGUUAGCUAGUGCCCUGACCACAGCGGAGAUGCAGAAAGAGAUCCAGGAGUUAAAGAAGGAAUGUGCUGGCUACACAGAGAGACUGAAGAACAUCAAAGCGGCCACCAACCACGUGACUCCAGAAGAGAAGGAGCAGGUGUACGGAGAGAGGCAGAGGUACCGCAAGGAGUGGAGGAAGCGCAAGAGGAUGGCAACAGAGCUGUCUGAUGCAAUCCUUGAAGGAUACCCCAAGAGCAAGAAGCAAUUUUUUGAGGAAGUUGGGAUAGAGACAGAUGAAGAUUACAACCUCAAGCUCCCAGAUCCCUGAGGCCCUCCGGCAGGCCUGGGAACACAGAUGUCCUGGACUGGCUGCCUUGUUUAGGUCAGCUUUUUUGUUGUUCCUGCUGCUGUCCGCUUUUGGGCACACACCAAAGUACUGGGUGGAGCACUGGUGGCCCAGAGAGGAUGGUUUCACUCAUUUCGUCAUCCACGUUUUGACUGCCUGAACUUAACAGUUAGUUAGAUGGGGAACAAUGCAAAAGGAAAGCAUUUGGCAAUAUUUAUUGUAAUAUAAUUUGAUAUAAAAAUAUUUAAUUUCCUCUGGAUAAUCAAACCUCCCAGAUAUCAAACCUGAGGAAGGCAAAAGAGAGCUUGGGGGACAAGGGCAGGGAGAGGCUACUAUGCACAGCAUUCAAGGAGCCCAGGGCCUCACCCAGGACUCUCCUGGGCUCUACACUCCAGGAGACCUUUAGAAAAUCUUCUCUACCCACCUUCACCCCACCCUAAGUCCUGGGAGAAAUGCAGGCAGCACUGAGAUGGUGGAGACCCAGAUACACUUGACAGAAAGCCUGGGAGUGGUCUUGAGACCAGUUUUCCAAAAUUGUAACUUUAGCAAAAUUGCAUUGUUGGUGUUUAGAAAAAUUAAAAAAUUUAAUAUGUA